AUGACACUGUUCAAAGCCAUGUUCGGCUACGAACCUCGCCACUGGGGAAUCACAGCAGAAGGUACAUGUUCAGUACCAGCACUCCAAUCUUGGCUUGACGAGCGCGCCACUGUCCAAGCAUUACUGCAGCAACACCUCAACCGAGCGCAACAACUGAUGAAGGACCAAGCUGACAAGAAGCGUUCCUUUCGAACAUUCGUGGUGGGUGACACAGUUUACCUCAAGCUGCAGCCAUAUAUACAAUCUUCCGUCGCCUCAAGAGCAAAUCAAAAGCUGGCUUACAAGUUCUACGGGCCUUUCCCCAUCAUCGACAAGAUCAAUGAGGUGGCGUACAAGCUCCAGCUACCCCCACAAGCAACAGUUCACCCUGUGUUCCACGUUUCACUCCCCCGGCAAGCUCUCCUCCCUGGUACGAGCGCUGAAACUCACCUUCCACACUGUUUGGAUGACCUCGCUGUGCCGGAAGCUGUUCUUCAGACCCGCUGGCGCAAGUACAUAGACGGCGUCCGUGAACAAGUGAAGAUACAAUGGUCAGCUUCUUCCAAUCUGGGCAUCACUUGGGAGGAUAAAGCAAGCUUGAUGGCCCGGUUCCCGCAUGUGGAGGCUUGGGGGCAAGCCUCUUCCGAAGGAGGAGGGGAUGUCAGCACCCCCGACAACGGUGACCCAUAA